UGCAGGGUCCGGCUGGGCUGCGGAGCCCCCGGGGCGGCGAUGGACCGGCCCCUGACGGCGUCGGCGGAGGCGGAGGAGGAACUGGAGUGGCAAGUGGCGAGUCGCCGGAGGAAGGCCUGGGCCAAGUGCCGCGGCUCCUGGCAGGCGUCGGAGGCUGAGGACCUGUCCACAGAGGCGACGACGCAGGACGAGGACGACGACGAGGACGACGACGAGGACCUCCCCGGCGCGAAGCUGCCGGCCGCUGCGGGGAGAGGAAACGUGCCCAACGAGAAGAUCGCGAUAUGGCUCAAGGACUGCCGUACCCCUUUGGGAGCCUCGCUGGAUGAACAAAGCAAUAGUACACUCAAGGGUGUGCUUGUGAAAAAUGGAGGAAGUUUUGAAGAUGAUUUGUCAUUGGGAGCUGAAGCCAACCACCUCCAUGAAACUGAUGCUCGAAUUGAAAACUGCAGUAACAUCUUGGCCAAAGAGAGAAGACUACAGUUUCAUCAGAAAGGGAGAAGUAUGAAUUCCACUGGAUCUGGGAAAAGUAGUGGGACAGUCUCAAGUGUUUCAGAAUUGUUGGAACUUUAUGAGGAAGAUCCUGAAGAAAUUCUUUAUAACCUUGGAUUUGGACGCGAUGAACCAGAUAUUGCUUCAAAAAUUCCUUCCAGAUUUUUUAAUUCAUCAUCAUUUGCCAGAGGGAUAGAUAUUAAAGUAUUUUUAAGUGCUCAGAUGCAACGGAUGGAAGUAGAAAAUCCAAAUUAUGCUUUAACAAGCCGUUUUCGUCAAAUUGAAGUGCUUACUACUGUGGCCAAUGCAUUUUCUUCUUUAUAUUCCCAAGUCUCUGGGACUCCCCUGCAGAGAAUUGGAAGUAUGUCCUCAGUGACCUCUACCAAGGAGACAGACUCCCCUCCACCUUUAACCCGAAGUAACACUGCAAAUCGUUUAAUGAAAACACUAUCAAAACUAAAUUUAUGUGUUGAUAAAACAGAGAAAGGAGAAGGUGGUGGUAGUCCUUCUCCAGCAGUUGAAAAAGGAAAAGUUACGAAUGUUUCAGUGAGUGAAGAAAGUAGCAAUAAAAAUGAUCCAAAGACUCAAAAAAUUGUAAAGAAAAAAGACUCAUCUUCUAUGUUGGCUACAGUAAAAGAAGAAGUUUCAGGUAGUUCAGCAUCUGUCAUGGAGAAUGCUGACAUUAAUAAGCUUUCUCAUGAAGCAAAUAGUAAUUUUAAUCAAGAAACUGAAAAUGAACAAAGCAAAGGAACUCAAAGUCAUGAGAAUAAACUGGGUGAGGAAUCUGUUACUAUGGAACCUGAUGUAGGUGGGUUCCACAUGCCCAGCCAUAGUGAGCUGGAAAAUAGCAGUGAGCUGAAAAAUGUCCCCAUGUCCAUACCUGAAAAAGAACCAUAUGCACCACCGCUGACAAUCCCAUCUAUAAGAAAUAUAAUGGCACAGCAGAAGGACUCCUUUGAAAUGGAAGAGGUUCAAAGCACAGAGGGAGAAGCUCCCCAUGUUCCAGCCACGUAUCAGCUAGGUCUUACCAAGUCAAAAAGAGAUCAUCUAUUACGUACUGCAAGUCAGCAUUCUGAUAGCAGUGGUUUUGCUGAAGAUUCAACAGACUGCCUCUCCUUUAAUCAUCUUCAGGUUCAUGAGCACUUGCAGACCAUGGGGAGUAGUGCUGAUAGCUGUGACAGUGAGACGACUGUCACGUCAUUUGGUGAAGAUCUUGUCACACCAACAGCACAAGAUCAGCCUUAUUUCAAUGAAUCAGAGGAGGAGUCUCUUACCCCUCUAAAGAAAGGAGGAGAGAAGGCAGCAACAGUUGGUCAUCAACAAAGAAGGUCAUUUAGCCAGGAUUUCCCCCAGUGCGAGACUGUUGAGAAUACAGGAAAUAAACAGUCCACCAGUAGUAUUGGGGAUCAUGUUACUGAAAUUACUGAGACGAAGGAAGAUUUGUCUCCAGCACAGCCAGUAGAACUGCUGAGGGAAGCAAGUGCUGAAAGUGAUGUGGAUAUUAGCAGUGAAUGUGAAUUUGCACAGUAUACCACCCACCAUAUUCUUAAAUCAUUGUCUUCUAUUGAAUGCAGUGAGAAGGGCUCUGAAAAUACAACUGGGGCUCCCUCUUCUGUGGACAGAGUUAAUACGGCUUUGCAAAGAGCCCAAAUGAAGGUUUGCAGUCUGUCUAAUCAAAGAGUAGGACGUAGCCUGAUAAAAUCGAAAGAUCUACUAAAGCAGAGGUACUUAUUUGCAAAAGCUGGCUAUCCUCUAAGGCGAUCUCAGUCCUUACCCACCACCUUACUGAGCCCGGUAAGGGUUGUGUCCUCUGUCAAUGUUCGGUUAUCCCCAGGAAAGGAAACCAGGUGCAGUCCUCCUUCCUUCACGUACAAGUACACACCUGAAGAGGAACAGAAAUUAGGAAAAGAGGUGACUGAGCAUGAUGGCCAAUCUUUAGUUAAAUCUACUAUUUUCAUAUCACCAUCAUCUGUGAAGAAAGAAGAAACCUCUCAGAAUGAGGUGAACCAGCUGGAAGAAUGCCAUCAUCGAAGGACUCCUACCUGUCCACUGUAUACUCCAGCACCUAUAUCUCAGUCCACCUGCUCCCUUCACUCUGUCCACUCUGAGUGGCAGGAAAGGCCCCUGUGUGAGCACAUGAGGACUCUGAGCACUCACAGUGUUCCCAAUAUAUCCGGUGCCACCUGCAGCGCCUUCUCCCCUUUUGGGUGUCCUUACUCACAUAGACAUGCUGUCUACCCUUACCGAGUAUGCCCUGUGAACCCUCCUUCUGCCAUUGAAAUGCAGUUGCGAAGAGUAUUGCAUGAUAUCAGAAACUCACUGCAGAAUCUUUCACAGUACCCUAUAAUCAGAGGACAUGACCUUGCUGCUGCUCCAUAUAGCACUCAGAAAUCAUCUGUUCUACCUCUUUACGAAAAUACUUUUCAGGAGCUCCAAGUUAUGAGACGGAGCCUAAAUUUAUUUAGAACACAAAUGAUGGAUCUAGAAUUGGCAAUGCUACGUCAGCAAACCAUGGUUUAUCAUCAUAUGACUGAGGAGGAAAGGUGUGAAGUUGAUCAGCUCCAGAGUUUGAGAAAUUCAGUUAGAAUGGAACUCCAGGAACUGGAACUACAGCUGGAGGAGCGUCUGCUGUGCCUGGAGGAGCAGCUGCGUGUGCGUACGACUUCUCCCUACCACUCCUCGACACUGGGAAUGUGUGGCAGUAGAAGUGCUGAUAACUUGUCAUGCCCUUCUCCAUUGAAUGUAAUGGAACCAGUUACUGAACUGAUGCGGGAACAAUCAUAUCUGAAGUCUGAAUUGGGCCUGGGACUUGGAGAAAUGGGGUUUGAAAUUCCUCCUGGAGAAAGUUCAGAAUCUGUUUUCUCCCAAGCAACAUCAGAGUCCUCUUCCGUAUGUUCUAGUCCCUCUCAUGCUAAUAAAAGAACUGGAAUACCUUCUAAUGACUCAGCAGUUAAACCCAAGGCCCAUGUGGUACAAAGGAAGAAAGUAUUCCGAGCAUCAGUGGCCCUUACACCAACUGCUCCUUCUAGAACAGGCUCUGUGCAGACGCCUCCAGAAGUGGAAAGUUCUGAGGAAGUUGGAGCAGAAGAAGCCUCUGAGACUGUGGGACCUAAAUAUGAAGUGGAAGGAGGACAUGAAAAAAUCCCAUUAAUGCCAGCUGCUGAGGAAAUGCAUAAAAAUGUGGAGCAAGAUGAACUGCAGCAAGUCAUACGGGAGAUUAAAGAGUCUAUUGUUGGGGAAAUCAGACGAGAAAUUGUAAGUGGACUUUUGGCAGCAGUAUCUUCAAGUAAAGCAUCUAAUUCUAAACAAGAUAGUCAUUAAAUGGAAUAGGUUGGGAUGGAUCCUAUUAGCCAUGGGAUAUGAAGUUAUCAAUGAUAUACACUGGUGGAGGUAUUAU